CUCCUCCCCGCCUCUCCGCCGUGAGCUGAGCUUCGAGGAACCAGCCAGCCUCGGUGCCAAUUUUCUCUCGACAAAGCGACCAUGUCGGACUACAGAGCCACCAUUAUCGGCUUCGUUGUUCUGUCCGGUAUAUUCAUUAUACCGCUGUUUAUCUUGUGGAUCGUCAGUCUUGUCCAGGCGCGCAGGAAGCAUGACCCGGCGCGAGUCGGCUUCACUUGGAUGAAAGCGGUGUUUCCGCUAUGGAUCCUAUCGCUGGUGCUGCGUGUCGCAUACGGCGGGUUGCAAGUUUAUUCACAGUACGGAUAUUUUGCCAUCUCAUCACGCCGUGCCGACCAAAUCGAUCGGGCAGUCAGCCACAUAUCCGCUACAGCCGACUUCUUCCACCGCCUGGCCAGUAUUCUCCUCUUCGUCACAUUGGUCGAGAUCGCUGGCGGCUACAUCUUCUGCCUGAAGGGCCCCAGCGAGCCCAGCCCCGGCCGCAAGCUCGGCCGCACUGUCGUGCUGGCGUGGGCCCUCGUCCUCGUCGUCCUGGCCAUCACUGAGCUCGGCCUCGGCCAGUCGUUCGCCUCCCGCUAUGGUACAUGGGGAGACGCUGAAGACGACCUCUUCGGCUUCUACAGCGCCCUAGCCAGGCUGUACCGCUUUAGCGGUGCCGUCGUCAUCUUGAUGUGGCUAACCACCCUGCCCAUACUCGGUUAUGCCGCCUCCGUCGUCCACAAAACGAAGGGGCACCCGCUACUGCGCAGUGGCGCCAUCCUCCUCUUGGUGUGCACCAUCCUUGAUUUCGUCCGCCACCUCGUCGGCAUGUCCAUUUACAUCGACUACUUCCUCGUCAAUACUGCCCUGGCGGUCGCGGGCGAGCUCAUACGAGACCCUGCCAUCGGUUACAUUGUCAACCCCAUCUUCGACUUCAUCCCCAUGUUUGUCAUCCUCGUCAUGCUCUUCUCGCUCGGCAUCCGCAAGCGCAAGGGCCUUUGGUCACAGCCUCCGCCGGAGUGGAACUACCCGCCCAUGGUGAUCAUUCCCACCGCGUACCCUGUCAUGCCAGUGCAGCCGAUGCCGCCGCAGCAGUUUAUGCCCCAGCAGUACCAGCAGUACCAGCAGCAGCCGCCGCCGCCGCCGCCGCCGCAACAGCCGGUGCAGGGUCUGCCGGCCUACCUGCAAGUUGCGCAGCAGAAGCAGGCGAUGCAACAGCAGUAUCCGCCUCCUCAGGGUUAUUACUACCCGCCUCAGCAACCACAGCAGCAGCAGCAGCAGCAGCAGCAGCAACAACAACAACAACAGCCAGUGCAACCCCAACCGCAACCCCAACAGCAACAGCAGCAGAACCAAGAGCAACAAUAGAUGGAAGAGCAGCGUUGUUGGCUCGAGAUUGCCGACCCUCCCCCCCCCCGGCCGGGACAAAUGGAUCGGCGUGGGUAGGGUUUGCGGGUCAAUAUGGAUCGUUUCGGCCAAGGAAAGGAAGGAAGAAUUGGUGCGCAAUGUCAGGGUAAUGGGUGACUCACGGAAAUUUCAAGUAAUGAUCAGGCCAGCGCUUUGUGUUUUUCCGUCAUAUCAGCUCAUGUGGACGGAGAAUCGCGACCUCACGAGAUACCAACCGAGCCAUUUUUGCUUUCUUCUUAUUGCUUCAUCAGCCCUUGUGCCGGUGAAUAGUCAGUCUACGCCAGUACUGGACAUCUGAAUCGGCUGUGCAUGAUGCAAGGCGACGGGAUGGCCGCAGAACUGCUAGUGGCACGAUCUGGAAUUUGAUCCUCUAGUAAAUGAACAGGUUUAUAGU